AUAGCAGGUUAUUUCGUGGAAGCUAUUUAAAGGCGAUUCUAAGAAGAUGACAAUAGGUUGAAUCGCACUUAUAUAAAGUGUAUGCUCUUUGUGAGUUGAUCAGUUAUACGCGGGAGCCUGCAGCUUUGUGCUGGUUAUCCGCUGUCUACCCAUACAGGAUGUUGAGUGUCAGCGGCGGGUUGGCCGGGUACCUCGUACUGGUUCACACGAUCGCUGUCACUACUCUCACGGCACUAACAGAAUCAACACAGUGUGAUGCUCCACUUGGUUUUGAGAAUGGCAACAUCACGGACGAUCAGUUCUCUGCUUCAUCAUCUUUAAAUUCCCGCUACACAGCAAAUGCAGCAAGACUUAACGUUGGUGAUGGAUGGGUCGCCCAACAGUCUAAUGGCACAGAGUACCUUCAGGUUGACUUGCUAACUCAGCAUAGUGUAACCCGCUACUCAGUCCAGGGCAGCAAGAAUGGCUGGUUCCCUGGAACAAUGGUGUUGUUCUACAGCCAGGAUAGUCUUGUCUGGGGGAGAUAUGUCACCAGCAAUGGGACACAGACUCUGGCAGGGCCUCCAGAUUACAGGACUGUUGUCACAUUCGACUUGAACCCAGCUGUGCAGGCACGGUACCUAGCAUUUGUACCUCAACGCAGGACAUACAGUAGUUAUGCAGGACUUCGCCUGGAGUUGUAUGGGUGUGCGGCAGAACAACAAAUCCCCGUCAGGCAUACAGAAGUCUCCCAGGACAUACAGGGAAGUCAUGAGUGGUUACCCAGCCUGAGUCCAUAUGUCAUUAACACUGCCAUCAAGAUUCGUCCAGCAGCACACGUGAAAAUACAGCCGGGGGUCAAGGUUAUAUUUAAUUCUUCACACGCAGGAUUCAUCGUUCUUGGUACAAUGGAGGCCAGAGGUCUCAGUGGACUGCCUGUGGUUUUCACAGCUUCAACUACGUUCACAAACCGGACAAACAUGUGGGCAGGCAUUGAAGUUGUCAGUCAAGGAAAUUUGUCUUUGGAAUUCAGUCACAUAUAUGGAGCAGGUGUCGGCAUCCAAGGAACUCUCGGAGCCAUGACUAUAAGACACUGCAACAUCCACCACAACGACAGAGGGCUAGAUCUUCAUGUUGGUGAUACAGUCCAAGACAGGAUUCAUAUCUCAGGAACCAUCAUAUCAGACAACACCCAAGAGGGCAUAUACGCAAGCAAUUGGCCAGAAGGGAGUUCUCAUAUUGGUAUAGAAGAUAGUGACAUCUUGCGUAAUGGAAAAAGUGGUAUGGCAUUUGGCAAAGAGGUUGUGCUAUUUGCCAAUAACUGUAGAUUCUCUGACAAUAAAGCUCAUGGAAUAUAUCAUAAUUAUUAUUAUGGAGGCAUGGGCUCGAGCAUAAAGAAGUGUAUGUUUGAAAACAAUAGAUACACAGGAUUUAUCAUAAGUAAUGCAAGGUAUGCCAGAAAACUUAACAUUACUUUUGAUGAAACUGAGUUCAAGGAGAACCAGCAAGAGGGCCUUAAAUUGUAUAUACAAAAUGCAGCCUCGGAUGUGUACAUUUCUAUAACAAACUCUCACUUCAUCAACAACAGCCGGCAUGGUGUUCAAAUUCAAGGAGAAUUCUCAAGCACCCGACCUGAAAUACUUCUUAGGAAUAACACCAUGGAAGGUAGCCAAACCACAUCCUACCAACUGAUGUAUAUUGAAACUAGAUCUUCUAAAUACGGAAAUAUUCUUAUGACAGAAAAUUCUUUUCUGACACGAAAGGGCAUCCGCAUACAAGGCAGAAAUGAUGUCGCAUUUAAUAUUUCAAAUAACAUUUUUACUGGCAUCAAACGAGACACUGGCAUACUUGUGGAGGCAGAUAACACAGUCAUAUUUGGUAACAUCUUCACCAACUGUUCAACAACGUCAGUGAUUCACACAAAGAAUGUCAGAGUACAAAUCCACAGCAAUGUCUUCAUGAACCCACAGACACUGUACGAUGUGUUUGUUGAUGUGGACUAUUCUACAAACCAUAGGCUGAAUGCAAGCCACAACUUUUGGGGAAGUAGUGACAAGUUCUUUGUUCGGUCCAGAAUAUGUGACUUUUUCUGUGAUGUCACAAAAAUGAUGGCUGAAGUUGAUCCAUACUUUGUCUCAGAGAUGCUCAUUGACAUGUCAUCACAGUUAGACUCUGAUAUGUUUACUUUAGACGAUCAAAGCAUGAUUGGUGGAACGUUGGACUCGCCAAUCAUACUUCAACCAAACCAAGUGUUAUAUGUGAAUAGAAGUCUGUACAUUCCAGAAGGGAUUGAGCUGACAAUAAGCAAGAACAAUACAUUGGUGUUUCCAAACAAGCAAGGAAUUUUUGUGAGAGGAUUAUUAACAAUACAAGGUGAGGCAGAUGCCAAAGUUGAACUCAGGAGUGAUGGUUCCCCUAGCAGUCAACGAUGGGGUGGCAUCAUAUUCAAUGCUACAGGAUCUUCCCUUCGUCACACCACAUUGAUACACGCAGAGACAGGAAUGAGUGUCUCCGUCAAUGUUUCUGGAGAAAUUAGAUCUUCUGAUACCAUCAUUACACAAUGCACAACAGCCAUAGCUGGACAACUGUGGUCUAAUGUGUCGUUGACUCUUGAAAGAGUACAAAUAAAUGAAUCUAACAAGUUCAUAGUUUUGGACAGGCUUAGUUCACAUGCAGUGUCAUUAAGCAUCAAUGACAGUGAAAUUGAAAGUUCAUAUGGAAUACGUCUUCAAUCGAAUGCCAAUGAUGGCCGCUUUAAUGUAAGAAUUCACUCUUCAAAACUGUACUCCAGUUCUAAAGGAUUUGUAAUGCGGUCAUGUAAAUCAAAUAUCACUAUAAGUGCAUAUGAUUCUGUUAUCGAGAGUGGAUAUAAUUCUGAUAGUUUCGACAUUGAUGGAGGAGUAAUGAACAUAACAUUUAGAAGAGUAUCAGUGAUUGGAAAUAGGGCAGCUUCAUCUUUCCGAACAUGUAUCAGGAAUCGUCCAAAUGUUGCACCUGGAGUCAUAGACAUUCAAGAUUCUCUCUUUGAUAUACGGUCUGCAGAUAUACUGGACUUUGGAGGAACAUACUAUCAAUAUACUACACCACAUGAUGUCCUACUUAUCAAUAACACAUUCCGUACACAAAAACAGUAUGAUGGUGUUAAUGUUUAUGUCUGGAGCAACACUCUUCCUUGGAGUUUGGGCAUACAUGGCAACACGUUUGAAAAUUGUGGACUAAAAAUGGAAGGAAGCAUUUUUAAUACAUCAAUAGAUGGUAACACUUUUGUGAAUGGAAAGUCCCCGUUGGACAUUAAUCUUCAGACGCCCAAUGAUGGUAGCACAAGGAUAAGUACAAAUCUUUUUCAAGGUGGCCUUAUAACACUGAAAUCUGAAAGGGACAGAGAAAGGUUUUAUGUAGUAGAGAACACCUUCAACUCGAGUACAAUCGUUCUAAAGAGCCCCAAUGUAACUUUGAAUGAGAACACUUUCCAUGCUGAUCAAGAGUUUAAUAUCAAAUUUGAAGGGGAUGGUUAUGCAGGCAGAGAAAUCAACUCUACAUACAACUAUUGGGGUACCACAGAUGCCAAGGAUAUAGCACGGCGAGUAUUCGAUUCAUCAUAUGACACUUCUCUUCCUACAAUCAAACUUGUACCUUUCUAUGGUUUCCCCAACUUGACCAAUCCCCAGUCCCCUGUUCAUAGUUUUAUUUCUGCUGAUGGCACAAUUGGUGGUAGCAUUGGUGGGACUGUUACCCUUGCACCUGAAGACAGCCCAUACACUGUGGCUGACAAUAUCAUGGUCGGAAAGCUGGAGACACUCAUAGUUGAGGCCGGAGUGACUUUGCAGUUUCAGAAGGGAUUUGGAAUCUUUGUGGAAGGUGCACUUAUUGUUCACGGCAACAAGAGUCAUCCUGUGAAGGCCAAGCCAGUUACUCCUGGGGAGAAAUGGUCAGGAGUAAGAUUACUUGGGAAUCUGUACCGUCCGUUUCCCACUGAUGACACAAGUGUCCGACUUGUCGGGGGGAUGAAUGAGAAUGAGGGACGUCUUGAAGUCAAGAUUAAUGGAACAUGGGGGACUGUCUGUGAUGAUGGUUUUGACAGAGCUGAUGCCAAAGUCGUUUGCCGAAUGCUUGGAUAUGACUAUACGAUAUCACCUGACGUUUAUUCUGGUUCAAAUGACGGUUUGGGCCCCAUACAUCUUGGCAACCUUAGAUGUACAGGCACUGAGGACACACUCCUAGAAUGUGAAAGUUCAAGGUUUAAUUGCAACCACAGAGAGGAUGUAGCAUUAAGAUGCAGUGAGAAGCUACUUCCUACUCUUCAAGAUAUACGGAAUGAUGUGCAGAUUCGUCAUUUCCAUAUGAAUGACACAGAUAUUGGUCUUGAAAUAAAUGGAAAUAUUACAGUCAUGGAGAAUGUCAUAUCAUCUUACUCAAGUGGACACGGCGUCACUUUCAACGUUGGAAUGAAAGGAAUGCCUCCUGUUCUUAUUAAUGGACUGGAGGCAGUACACAGCCAUUUGUCAGGGAUCAUAGUUGCCUUCAACACAGGUGAUUAUAUAAGCAGUUCACAAAUCAGGAUAUCGAACUGUGAUAUCAGGUCAAAUGGAGAGUAUGGUGUUUACAUCCAGCAAUAUGUGGACAUUUCUUUGACGUCAUGCCGCUUUUCUAGGAAUACUAAGGAAGAUAUCCACGUUGAAAGUGAUGCCUUCAUAAACAUUCUAGGCUCAAACUUCUCCGGUGGCACCUAUGGUGUGUUUAAACUGAAUUUGAGAAGGGGUGCAAAUAAUGUUUUCAAACUUUCUUUUAGAGAUUCACAGUUCCAUGAUUAUGUUUUUCCCAGUCGGUACCACAGCUGGGGUAGUGGAAGAAGUAUGUUUGACAUCCCGUCAUCAAAUUUAAAAGACUUGGAUAUUGAGUUCAUAAACAAUACAUUCAAUAGAAUAACUGGCAACAUGUUUUACAUUUAUUUUUAUUACGAAUCCAGUGUACAUACUAGUAUUAGGAAUAACACAUUCCAAAACAUUACUGGCGGUAUUGUUCAGCUACGGCCACGAAACAGCAUACCUUUUCAGUUAUCUUUUGUAAAUAACACUGUCAAGAACACCACAUCGCUGGCAUCUUCUCAGUCUUUAUUGGAAAUCCGUGAUGAGAGAAAUGCAGAAGGUCAGGUCAACAUAGCCAAUAAUCUUUUUUCUGCAAAUAAAGCUGCCCAGAUAAUACUACUUGGAGAUAUAAGAAAACUCGAAGGGAACAUAACAAAGAACAUAUUCAAGGAUAACAUCUGCUCCGAGACUGUGAAUGUUGCUUCAUAUCAGUUCAAACUGAGGAACAAUGUUUUUAGCAACCCAUCUGCCACGUGUGAACUAGAUGCACCAACGUUUGAAAGAUGGUAUGCCAUUGAUGCUCGAUGGAACUUCUGGGGGAAGCAGGAGAUGGAUUAUGUCGGAGAGAGUAUUUGUGGAUUUGACAUUGACAUGGAGAAGGGAUUUGUGCAUUAUCUGCCUUACUACCUAUCUGAAGAGUUCAGUGAAGUCUCUAGAAAUGAUCAGCUAAUAUUCAGUGGUGGUGAGAUCACUAGUCAGGUACAUCUUCAAACGUCUGCAUCACCGUACAGGAUAAGGACAUCAAUAUUCGUCAGGUCGGAAGGCAUAUUGCACAUUGACAGUGGUGUGGAACUACAGUUCCAUCCGAAUAGAGGAAUCUACGUAGAUGGCGUGCUAGUGGCUGGAGAAGGCGGUACUGCAGAAAGAGUCAUAUUGACUAGAGCAGCAAACGAGUCCUGGUUUGGCGUUGUUCUUCCAUACAAGACAGAUGGGGUAUCUGAGACAGUGAGACUGGCCAACGGAACAACAGCUAACGAAGGACGGGUUGAAGUGUUCGUGAAAGGGUCAUGGUCAACCGUAUGCAAUAUUGACAGGAAUGAGGCGCUUCUUGUCUGCAGGGCAUUGGGUUAUGGAUCGGAGGAGUUUGCAAACUACCAGCAUGGUGGGGGAAGUGGACCUGUUCUCCAGGAUCUGAACUGUGAUGUGAUGGCCUCCUCCCUCUCCGAGUGCCAGCCCAGCUACUCUACCAGUAGAUACUGUAACCAUAAUCGAGAUGUUGGAGUUAGAUGCCAUCAGUUUGUAGCUCAUACAGGAACACACACAUUCUCCUACCUGAAAAGUGUGUCAAUCCUGGAUUCUAAAAGUGGUCUUGUAGUGCAGACUCCCACGGUCCGCUUAUCCAACUGCCACGUCAACAACACCGAGAAAGUAGGACUCACCAUCCAGACCGAUACCAUAGACAUUGACCUGAAUGGAACAGUCGUGGAACAUGGGCGGUCAACAGGUAUUUUGACUAAAGUUACUAAACGUUUCCGUCUCAGGAAUGGCACGACACAACACAAUCAAGGAAGUGGAAUAAUCUUGUCUGGAGAAAUAUCUCGUACAACUGUUGACAAUAUGAACAUCAUUAACAACACUCUUCGUGGUUUGGAAACACAGUUCAAUGGAUAUAACAACGACAAAAUGUUACUAAUCAAGCACAACAAUUUUUUGGAUCAUGUUUGGGAAGGGUCGGCUCUUAAACUAGAUAAGUAUCUUCAGCCAAACAGCAUGGUGUCCCUUGAACAGAAUACAUUUAGUAACAAUGUCAUGUCCAUGGAUGUCAGACUGAGUAGUUAUUAUUACAAUUACAACGACAAGAGGUGCCUCAUCAGAGGGAAUAUCUUCAAAUCAACUGGCCCAGUAUCGGUGUAUUCAGAAUACUACACAUCUGUUUAUAUUGAAGACAAUACUUUCAAGAAUUCCUUCGGUGGGGACAAGUGUUUCUUUACUGUGGAUAUACAUAAUACAAGGGAUAGUGGCAAAACUCAGAAUAUUAGUCUGUCUACGAAUAGUUUCCAAAAUAUUACAGGUCGAUGUGUUGUUUUCGUGAAGUCAACACAAUAUCAAUUUAACGGAACGCUCACCUAUAACCGGAUAUUCAAUUCUCCCGCCAGUGAAGCAACAGUCAUAUUGAACUCGAAAAAUGUUAGUCUUCAUUAUAACACGUUGGAUAACCCGGGAGCUGAUUAUGAACUGAAGAUUCUGUUGACUGGAGAGGAGGAAAUAAACGCUGAGCAGAACUGGUGGGGAAGUGCUGAUGCAGCUAUUGCCAGGGAACGAAUUCUAGACAAGCGUCUUGACCAGAGGCUUCUUAGAGUAGACUUCCUUCCAAUCCUCACUGAUCAAAAUUUCGAUUGUUCGGAGGUGAAGAAUUGCAGUGAUAAGGGCGAAUGUGUUCGUCCAAAUGGAUGCAGAUGUGACGCGGGCUGGGCUGGAGAGGAUUGUUCUGACUUUGACUGCUCUGGUGUUGGCAACUGUAAUGGAAACGGUUUCUGUAUAGGGCCAAACCAAUGUGAUUGUACUCUGGGAUGGGAGGGUCUAUCCUGUGUGCUUGCUACAUGCCACGAGGUUAACGACUGUGGUGGAGAUAAAAGAGGAUAUUGUGUGUUGCCUGAGAAGUGUACAUGUUUCCCCCAGUAUAGUGGAGCUGACUGUUCCCAGUGUGCACAGCUGAGAUGGGGAGACAACUGCCUUCCUUGCCCUCAAUGUAAUCAUGGAUCAUGCAACCUCACAAAUGGAGACUGUGCAUGUGUUGCUGAAAACUGGUCAGGAGAAUUGUGUGACACGUGCAGUGAGACGUUUUAUGGUCCCAACUGCCUUCCAUACACUAAUGUCCUCAACAUCAUCCCAAGCUCUGGUCGCGACACUGGAGGUACAGACGUCCACAUCUGGGGACACAACUUCCCGGAGACAGAAAACAACAUCUUCUUCUGUAGAUUUGACUCCACAGUGGUCAGUGGCACACGCCUGUCAAAGGAACACAUCACUUGUAAGAAUCCUCAGCAUCAAGCGGGCAUUGUCAUUGUUGAGAUUUCUCCUGAUGGACUACAGUUUACGCGAAAUCAGACAGCUUUCACCUACUAUGAAGUGUGUCCACCUGGAGCGUGUGGGAAGACGGACACUCCUCCUCAUGGUCACUGUCUCUAUGGAGGAUGUGUGUGUGUACUGCCCUGGUCAGGGGAGGCCUGCAAUGUCGAGUUGAAGGCACCGGUUAUCUCAACAGUUCAAAAGAAGCAGUUUGCCGCUGAAGGAAAUGAAUAUCAACUUCAAUUAACACUCAUUGAGGGCAGUGCUCCAAUUGAUUGGUAUUUGUUUGGAGCUCCAUCGGGAAUGACAAUUGACCAAAAGACUGGGCUCAUCUUCUGGGAGAGGACGGUAGCCCGUGUCCAGCCAUAUAUCAUCAACGCCAGGGCUUCCAACCGUGUAGGACGUUCAGAGGUCCAGUGGUCAUUGACAGUCCAGCUGUCAUAUAACAUAACAAUAGAAGAGGUGGCGCCUAGUGGGGUACUCCCUGUUCCGAAAAACAUACAAAUCAGUGGAAUGGUUACUUAUUUUAGUGGAACAGCUCAAUCAUUGAUUGCUUUUGUGGAUGUGAAGGUACGAAAUAAAGGCAGAAUCACAACGAUUUCCAUCGUGACAUCACCGAGGAACAGGGAACGUUUUGAAGCAGUGUACUUUCCAAAGGCUGGCGACAGUGGACAGUUUGAAGUGGAUGGCCGUCACCCAUCCGACAGUGGGUUCACUCCUCAGAAAUCCUGGAGUGUGUUGGGGAUGACAUGCGUGCCUGGGUAUGUGAACAGACAAGCCUACUUGGACACGGACGUGGUGGAGAUGCGGGGUGUUACUGUACUCAAGAAUGAUGGAAUCAAUGGGAUCAAUGGCAUCACAGCUAGAGUAGAGGGAACUGGUGGUCCACUAACAUCUGUAGUCGUGAGAGCAGGAAACAGACUAUCAAGUGUGGGCUCUCAACCCUUAAUAAUAUUCUUGGACAAAGAUUCUGAAGUGUCCAUAGAUCUGAUCCUGACAGCAUCCCGUCCUCUCAGGGGCGUUAUUGCUGUUGUGUUCAGCACACCCGAUGGCACCACAGCCAGAGUUAGAAUAGGAUUGCAGCUAAAUGUCAGGAAACCUGUUCUGGUCGUCUCACCAACAUCACUGUCAGACAGUGUGCCUCGAGGAACACAGAAAACGUUCCAGGUGAAUAUCAAGAAUGAAGGUGAAGUCACAGCUAAAUCACUCAGAGUAACAAUGCCUUCAGAACCAAGACUCACGAUGUCUGCAUACUCCACAACAACUAGAAUAGCUUCAGUAGAUGGCCUUGACCUACAACCAAACGAGACGGCCAUCUUGGUUUUGACAGUCACGACUGGUGCAACUGAUGGUCUAGGGCAGAUUAGUGGCAGCGUCGCCCUGAACUCGGAUCUCUCAUCGGCCAGUAUCUCCUACAGGUUCUAUGUGACAUCCCAGGAGAAACUGAACAUCACAGUUCGGGUAGAAGAUGAGUACACAUACUUUGCUUCUGACAAGCCCUUGGUGUCUGGAGCUGUGGUGACGCUUCGAAACCCUAGAAGAGGGUACACGGAACAGAGAAUAACCACUAACCAAACAGAGUUUGUGGUGUUUGGGGAUGUGCACGAAGAUAAAUACACUCUGACAGCCACUGCUCCAGGACAUGGAUCCUACUCACGGGUAGUCAUUGCGAAACCGUCGGACGCCUCCUACACCAUUUUCCUGCAGAGAGUUGCUGUAAAAUACACCUGGACUGUUACCCGAACAACAUUUGAGGACAAAUACACAAUCACACUGGAUUCUACCUUUGAAACACAGGUACCCAUGCCCGUUGUCACCGUGGAGCCAGCCAACAUCAAUUUGAUCCCUUACGAGGAAGGGAAGAGAGACGUGAUAAAUUUCAACAUCACCAACCAUGGCCUGAUAAGGGCAGACAAUGCCAGGUUUGCUCUGCCAAGUCAUCCAACACUGAUCUUUACACAGACUAUAGAUCCUAUAGGAGGUGUAGAGGCAAAUACAAGCGUCAUUGUUCCAGUCUUGGUUAAACUGAAGCCUCGAGUGAAGAGGAACCUAGGCACAUCAGCAUGUGGUUUGAAAAUGCUUUACGAUUACUAUUGUGGUGGUACGAAAACUGGAGGCCAGGACAUCACAUUGACACGGGUGUAUCCAGGAAGACCUCCAUUGCCCUGUGGUGGCGGAGUUGGAGGAGGAAGGGGAGGUGGUGGAGGUGGUUAUGUUGGAAUAUCAGGUACUGGUGGUGGUGGGUCAUCUCCAUCUAGUUCAGUUGUUGUCUACAAUCCCGUGACUCCACUCACCUGCAACUGUGCUGGGACGCUCAUCAAGACGUGUGCUUUGGGUUUUCAUCCAAUUGCUGGAUGUGCUGUAGCAGUGACUGGUUUCUCUGGUGCCAGUGGCUUCUGGGGUUUUGCAAAAGCAGUCUUUGACUUUGCUACUGCAUGUGUCCUCCCGGUUGCUUGUCCUCAAUGUGCUCUGGGUCUAACUUUGUGGCAAGCUGUUGUGUGCAUAUACGAAAUGAACAGAGACUGUAAAUCAAAGCGACGUCGACGUGCCACAAAUGGGGAGAUCAUCCAAGGAGUCGUGAACAGUAAUACUGCCCUCAGGAACUACAUGAUCAUGUUGGAAGAACUCUUUGGAGGACAAGAAAUGUUUGGUGUGUAUGACAACAGUUGGACGUCUUCCUUCAACCUGGCCCUGGCUGAUGACAGUGCAGGGGGAAGUUUCCUCUCCUCCAGUGAGGUCGCGUCCAUUGUUUCUCCGAUGAACUCAACACAGAGUGAGACUGUUGAGAAGUUCCUGCUUAGGUGGAACAAAACAAUGACAGCUUGGGAAGGGGGAACACUUGCUUCACUUGGUCCUAAAGACGAUGUCAUUGCCUACAAUGUCAUCAUGUCCAGAUUUGAGCAGUUUAAGACUGACACAGACAAUGCCAAACAAAGAGGAUUUGACUCUAUAUUUGACGAUUUUGGAAAUGCAGUCAAUGCCUAUCAAGAAAGCGAAAAGAAGAGUAGCAGUGAUGAUGGAGUGUGUGCAAAGGUUCGAGUACGUAUUGUGCAAGAUCUGGUUCUCACACGAGAUGCAUUCACUGCUCGUUUAGAGAUAGAGAAUGGUGAACAAUCAGCCCUGGAUAGCAUUCGGGUCACCGUAAACAUCAGGGCCACGUAUGGCGAUGAAACAUCUACAAAUGACAAAUUUUCAGUUGGAACCCCAACACUGGUGGGCCUUACUGGAGUUGAUGGAACUGGCAGGCUUGAGACAGAUGUGUCAGGUACAGCAGAGUGGCUUAUCAUACCCUACUCCACGGCGGCAGUCAAGGAGGACACUCUGUAUGAUGUCGGCGGGACUCUCUCUUACACAGUCGAUGGUUCGAACUUCUCCAUCCCUCUCCUACCAGACACAAUUACAGUAAAACCAAAUCCCAGCCUCACUGUCAACUACUUCCAGGAGAAAUAUGUCCAGGGGGAUGACCCAAUGACUUCAGAGGUGGUGGAGCCAGUUGUUCCCUUCACACUUGCAGUCAUGGUCUCCAAUGGGGCAUAUGGUGUAGCACGCCAGCUGAAGAUCACCUCUGCACAGCCAGAGAUCAUUGAAAAUGAGAAGGGAUUGUUGGUCGCUUUCAAGAUAAUAGGAGCACAGUUGGAUACACAUCCUGUGAGUCCUUCUCUGUCUAUAGACUUUGGGGAUAUUGAGUCCUUUGAGACCAAGACUGCUCGCUGGCUUCUAACAUCUACCCUCAGGGGGAAAUUUUACAACUACACAGCUACCUUUGAGAACAUUAACCCCCUUGGUGAUCCUCAGUUAUCCAUUAUGGAAGACCUUGGAUAUCACGAGUUGGUCCAUCUGGUGAGACUCGAGUCUCCAAAUGACACCAGAGACGACUUUCUGGUUAAUGAUAUCAUAGAUGAGGACGAAAUGCCUGAUGCCGUUUUUGAUAGUUCAAAUGGAUUUUAUUCAAUUCCAGUAAGUUCUUCAAAUGUCAUGACCUUCACUUUAGGUAGAACCGAGACAGUGGGGACUAGGUCAUAUGCUUACGUUGACCUGACUGCUAUGAUGUCAAGGAGUUCCUUCUCAAACUAUACCUACACACGCCUGGUGAACAAUCUGACAAGAGAUAGCGCGACUGACACACUUCUGCAAGUCACCAGAGAUGAUGGGAAGAAGAUUUUGGUUGGACCUAAUGCCUGGCAGACAUCCUAUUACCAUGAUAAGUUUUACUUGCACAUAUUUGACUAUCACAAGAACAUGACUGAAACAACUAAUAUCUCUUACUCACUGGUAUUUGGACCUAAAAAUAUGUACAAGCCGACAUUUACGAAGAGUAUUUACGAGAUAUUCGUUGCAUUUGAUCAACUGCCAGGUCCUAUUUUUGAACUUCAAGCUACGGAUAAGGACCCGAAUACGCAACUACGCUACAGUCUUGAUGGGUCUUCUGUUUUCACAAUAAGUGAACUGACUGGAGAAGUCAGAAGCCUUGAACCACUCACAAAUACACUGUAUGAACUGACUGUGACAGUAACAGAUGAUGGCAUCCCUUCCUUGAGUAGUUCAGUCAAAGUUGUGGUGAAGGUUGGUGACGACAGCUCGUCGUCCUUAACAUCUACCGACAAAUCUUCAGUCACAGGAGUUUCAACCCAAAGAUCCACCUCCCAGGUGUCAGGAGAAACAUCAGCUGUGACUGUACCCGUUAGCGUUUCUUCCACCACCGUCACUGCUACGUCCACAACAACAGAUUCUGUUAUAAACAGCACAAGUGCUGUAGACGCAACCUCUGUAACUACGGCCUCAUUAUCCACGUCCAAUGAAACUUCAACAGGUACUGACCUAAACGGCACAAUUGUUUCAAGCUCAACUUCUGUGUUUGCUUCACCUGGUACUACAGUGUCAACAUCUAGGUCGACAAACAACCUGUCCCAUGUUUGGAUGUUGGUGGUACCGGGAAUACUGAUAUAUAUGUUACAAUAACAUACAUGUCACUGUGAAUAUUUGAUUUGUCCCAUUUGUAUAUUCUGUCAAAGGUUCGAGUGAGUUAAAUGAGCAUUGGUUUAAUUCUUCUGACAUCUUCUCUGAAAGCACAAUAUUUGAUAAUACUGACAUGUUGAGUGAAUGAUUGCUGCUUUCUCUUGAAUUGUGAUAAUAGAUAAUAUAUUUAUGUACGUAACGUUUUUCUGAGAAAGUAGUUGCCGUAUAUUUUUAGACACAUAGUCGUUUCACUUACAUUGCGUUCUUUUCGUAUUUUGUUGUAUAAUAUUCUCUUUUUUUAUCUUCAUACAUAACUAUCGUUGAACGACAGCGAUACAAGGAUUUUCCCAACAGCAGUACGAUAUCCGUUCAAGAUCUCAACACAAAGUUUGAAUAACAUUUGAUUGUCAGUUUGUAUUAAGUAUAAGUGCUACGUAUCGUCUCAUGUACUGUUUAUUAACCUGUAAUGAACGCGUUGACACCAGCUUGAGACAAAAAAGAAUGCGUAUAUCUUCCUAUUACGAAUAGGAACAAGUUUCUAUUUGUCAAGAUUAUGUAAUGAAAUGAUUGUUAGUUUGUUUUCUACAAAACUAUAUCACCGUGGAGAUCCAAGAUGUAACAUAAUGUACACAUUGCAAUUGUAGUAUUAUCAUUUUUUUAUAUGAGUACAAAUGUAAUCAUACAUAGAAAACAUUUCAACCUAUUAAUAUUAAAUAUAUUCAUUCACCUAUCAAAUGAUGUUUUAUAUAAUAUUAUGAAUAAAGGUUUUUUUAGAAUA